GGCAACAGUGCCUCGUACCUAGCAAAGCCGGAUUUUAUCCCCCAACACGACGACGUGAAAACUACGUGUGUGACGCAUAUGUGCCGAUUUUUAACAAAAAUCAACUUUCUCGACAUAAAAUAAAAAUAUUCAUUAAAAUAAAUUGAAUUCAUAAAUUUUUGUUGAAAAAAUAUUUGUCAAUACGACAAGUUAAAACACAAGGACAAUUUAACGAAACUUUAGUGAAUUAAAACAAUAAAGUUUCUCAAGUGCCGAAAACGAAUUAAACACAGCGGACGAUAAAUUUUUCAACCUCCUGUCAUCUUCCGAAAAAAGUGAAGUGAACCUUGAAAAUAGUGAAUUAUUUAAAUUUAUUUUAUAUCAAUAAUUUCAAAUUAUAAGUGUAGGAAAAAUUUGUUUAAAUUUCUUCUCCUCCGAAUAUCCAAAAUAUCCAAAUUUUCGAUUAAACAUUUGCAUUGAUAAGAAAAAUCUAAAAUUUGAUUAAAAUACAUAAUAGGAAAGGGGAAAAAAAUUUGUCGGUGUACUAAAAAAUCAUGUGUGAAAAGUGUGAUCUUUGUGGCAGAAAAUUUUUCCGUGAAAAAUCGUGAAAUUAUCGACAUUUAAAAUUUAAAGGAGAAAUCGUCUUUUUUUUUCUUUACACAACAAGUGCGUUAUAACACAAGUGUUUAUAUUAUUCUGACAUAAGAAAAUGAACGGAUUCAGUACCGGAGAGGAAGAUUCCAGAGGAGCGGCCGAUCAAAUUUGUUGUUUAACUGACGAGGGCGAAAGAUGUUCGCAACCGGCAGGAAAUGCUUCGUACAGCAAACGCAUUCAAAAAACCGUCACUCAACGACGAUUAAAACUCAACAUCGAUCCAAUGGCUCGUCACAUUUAUAUUUGUGAUUAUCACAAAUUAGUUAUUCAAAAUGCGAGGACGAAGCAACAACAACAGAGACGAAGGAAAGAUUCUGAGGAUGAUUCAGGUGAAACGGAUAACGAUCAACCGGAAGUUAAUCUUUUUCAACUGCAAUUUGGAACCUUGAAGCGAUACAAGCGGCAUUUUAAAAUUCCCACGAAACCGGGGAUAAAUAAAAAUCAACUUGCCGACACCCUUAUGAAGCACUUCAAGACAAUUCCAAUAGUUGAAAAAGAAGCGUUGAGUUUCUUUUUUUAUGCCGUGAAGACAAAUGCAAAUAAACUCGAUCAAAAAAAUGGAUUGAACAGUGAUACAACGUAGCCGAAAUCUCCAUCCGUGGAGUCAAUCGACGUUGUCACAUGAAUUUUUACUCCCGACAAUUAUAUAUAAAUAUAUAAAUAUAUAUAUAGUUUUCGUUUGUCAAAAUGAAAUUACAAGACGUCCUGCGUAACAAUCGUAUGUGCGACUGUAAUGAACAAAAAAAAAAAAAAAUUUCCCCGCCAAAAAACAUCGAGAGAGGUGAAAAAAUAGACUGAAAAAAAUUCGAUCAAAUCUUAAAUGUAAUUAAUUCUCUUAAGAAUACUCGCGAAAUGUAUUUAACUCCAAUUUCUAGAACAAUUUUUAACUGAUUUAUAAAACUAUAGGAACAAAUUUAGAAAAUUUAAAAUUUACAUUUUUACAUUAUUGAUUUUUUUUAAACUUUACAGAUUUUUUUUUAUUGUAUUUUACAGAAAAUAUUUGAUUUACAGCAAUGAAAGAGAAAUUUUUUUUUAAUGAUUUUUUAAACAGGAGUUAAAUACGAGAAACGUGUAAAGAAAAAUUGUCUAAAUGAUGAAAGAAUUUAGAGUAAAAAAAAAAUUUACGUUCAUGUGUUUGAAAAAAAUCAAGUGAAAAAGAAAAUCUAUUUUUGCAUUCUCUUGUGUUUGUGAAUCUCGAAUUGAAUGAUUGGAAAAAGAGAAGAGUGACUGGAAAUUAAUUUUCCCCUUUGUUUUCUUUUCUCCUUUUUUUUAAAGUUACGUUAGUGACGUCCAUUCUUUUUGUAAAAGAAAUUUUUUUAUUUGUAAGAUAAUAAUUAUAACUUACUUAUUAGGGAAAAGAAAAGUUAUAUAAAUAGAUAUAUUUGCAGAAAUUCA